AUGACCCUGACCAUAAGAGAACGAAUCGAGAUCGUUCUUCUUGCUGGAGAUCGACGAAAUCACGGCGAAAUUGCUGAAGAAUUCAGCAAACGACACCCGGAUCGUCCGAUUUCCCGCGUAACUAUUGCCAGUGUCCUCGCUAAAUUUAAACAAACCGGUUCUGUUUACCAUAAAAGUCAUUUGAUACGGAGGAGCAAGGACCAUCACAAAUGUUCUGAUCUUCUCGAGAACUUCCGUGGAUCUCUUAGGGAUUCUGAACGAAAAGCUGGCAGCGAUUUGACCGACUCGAGAAGUCCUGUGCAUCGAAUGAUGCAAGCUCCGAAAGGCUAUCGCUAUAUUCUUCUUGAAGUCGACGAAAGUCGGGUCGACAAGUUGCACGAUGUCCUGAUCAGUAAUGGAUUUCAUGACUUCGUUCCCUUGAAUAACCUCCCUGAUGACUCGGACUUCAUGAGUAACCCAGUAGAGGAGCUCUUGACGGAUGUUAACGGAUCCGAUCUUCUUCAAACACCUACAUCUUCUGGUAUGUCUUUUGUUGCCAUCUCCAUUUCGUUUUCAAAAGGGUCGAGAAAGGUUUUCGGAAAGAACUACUCAUCUGGACCAUUUCACUCCAUUCCAGAAAGUAGCCUUGACGGGCCUAAAUCGGAACUGGACUUUCGUGCAGUUAAUGGAGAACAAGGCGAAAAGAGUUACGUGAAUUGUCGACUUUGUAAGAGUAUGAUCCUGACAUCGAGGUUCUCCAAUCUUGCAAAUCACGCUCGUAGACAUGCAGUAGUGAAGAAGUACAGAUGUGUACACUGCUGUGUUCAGAAUAAUGAGUAUUCUAGGGUGGGUGAAGUUGUUAAUGCAAAGUCUAGGGAGGUUCAUUUUCACCUAUCUGAAUGUCAUACGGAAGUAGAUCCUACUACAUGCCUCAUAACUGAAUGCCGGUCACCAAAUUCUUAUGGAGAUUUAUCGUUGUUAUCCCAAGAGCAAAGUAUUUCUACGGAUAUUAAGUCUGAAAGUUGGGUAACAGAAAAUCAUAUGCAGUCAUCGUCAAAUGCAGCCCACAAUUAUGAUGGAGAGAGUACAUCUGAACAAAUUUUGGAGAUUACAGCAGAUAACGAAGAGAACAAGGAUUUGGAUUCAGUGCUAUGUCAUCUAUGCAAUCAAUCUGUUGUGUUGGCGAAGUUGACAGAUGUGGUUGAUCACGCGAAGGAGCAUUACCAUGUAAAGCAAUUCGAAUGCGAGCUCUGUGGUUUUGGUAAUAAUGAAAGACUUCGAGUUAGAAGUCAUGCAUUCCAUCAACAUCUGUACGAACGCCCUCGUAUAAUAGAGCACAAUGACGAAAAUAUGAAGAAGGUAUGGACACAGAUAGCCCGAAUAUGUUUUCCCAGUCUUCCUGAACGAUUGAUGAAAGAGAAGGCGAUGUGGGGAAUUCGCUCGGUUUUUGACGAGAUCUUCAUAUGCGGAGAUAAUUUCGAAAUUUCCUUUCCAUUCCUACAGACCAGGAUUAAAGUUAGCGUUCCUGAUCACAUUCUGGACGUAUGUUCUACCCAUAAUUUUGUGGCAGUAGUGACCAAGGAGGAGAUUUUUAUCGCACAUAAGGACAAACUUCAAGAUCCUCUAAAAUGCAGUUAUAAAAAAGAAGAUACGUUAAAUCUGGAAUUCGAGUCUUCUUCUUGGCCGUCAGUGGUGGUCCCGUUCACUCAAAGUACUCUACUUAAUGACUGGUGUAAAGAGAAGAAACCAGCAUCGGAUGUCCUACUCACGGCAACUAGUUCGACAGUAUACCUAAUUUGUAAUAUUAAGGGCUCAAGUAUGGUAGUGAGGUUAUUCAACGAAAAUACAUAUUUAUCAAGUGGUGUCGUGAAACCAUGCGUUGUUCAACAACCAAAGAGUUUGGUGAUUGUGAUGGUAGCUUCAGGUUAUGAUCACAGCAUAUUCUUGACGAACAAAGGUGCCGUAUACGCGCUAGGAACGGGAAGUCGUGGGGAGCUAGGAGUAGGCUUGGUACCACGUGUUUAUGAGCUCACAUGGUUGGAAGCUCUGGAAGGACUGAACUUCAGCUAUGGCGGUUUUAAUGUGUUAUGCUUGUUUACAGAUGAUGGAGAUGUAUAUUUAUGGGGAUGGAAUCAUCGCGGUCAACUUGGAGAUGAAAAAGAGAAAGUUGAAUUCUACCCAUCACCACUGGACAUUCAUCUUCGAAUAGUAAGAAUAACACUCCGUGAACACUUCACUGCACUAUGGGUAGCUGAAGACGAAGAUGAACCAUCAAUUAUCAUGGGAUCAAAGAAGAUUGGGAUGCCUGCAACCCAGCUGACGUACUUUUCCGGCAGUACUGCUUCGGAACCUGGAACGCCAUCGCUAUCUAGUGAUUGUCGGGAAGAAGCGGUGAUUUUAGGUGAAUAUCGAGAAUGA